AUGGCUCCAGACAAGAUCUCACCAACCGACUCGCGGGUCAAGAAGGACUUUAAGGAAGUCAAUGGACGGAAGUGGUACUACUGGGACGCCGCCGCCAAAGGCGAACAGCGUGGUACCGUUUUCUUGAUCCAUGGCUUCCCGGACAUCUCCCUCGCCUGGCGCUACCAGAUCCCUUUGCUCACAGAGCUGGGCUUACGUUGUAUCGCUCUCGAUUGUAUGGGAUAUAGCGAUACUGGCUACUCCCCAGAACUAAAAGACUACACCUUCAAAACCCACGCCGACGCCAUCGCAUCCAUCGCCUCACAACUCGGCACCUCCACCAUCAUCCUCGGCGGCCACGACUGGGGCGGCGCCGUCGUCUGGCGCGUCGCGCAAUGGUACCCCGACCUCGUCUCCCACGUCUUCGCCGUCUGCACGCCCUACUUCGCCGUGCACGACCGGUACGUGUCGACGGAGUACUUGGUCGAGAACGGGGUGCCGCAGUUCGGAUACCAGCUUCAAUUCGGUAGUCCCGAUCGGAAAGUCGAGAGUGUGGUGCAGGGAAAGGAGCGGAUGCGCAAGUGGCUGAUUGCUAUGUAUGGUGGAAAACCGAAGAGUGGAAAGGCGUUUAUGGAUCCGCGGAAGGGCAUCGAUUUGGACGCUGUGAAGGAGGAUGAGUUUGAGAUGACGCCGUUGUUGAAUGAGGAGGAACUCGACUACUACACCGCCCAAUUCAUGAAGUCUGGCGUCGAAGGGCCGUGCAAUUGGUAUCGUACCCGCGAGCUCAACUUCGAGGACGAAAAGGCCUUGCCGGCGGAGCAGCGUGGUGGGGUCAAGCAGCCGAGUCUGUUCAUCCUCGCGGAGAAGGACAGUGUGCUGUCUGAAGACUUGACCAGGGGAAUGGAUAAGGCCAUUCCGAAUCUUACGAAGGGCAGGGUGCCGGCUAGUCAUUGGGCGUUGUGGCAUACGCCGGAUGAGACGAAUGUGAAUAUUAAGCGAUGGGUUGAGGGGGUCGUGUUGGGCGGGAAGAGUAAGCUAUAG